UCCCCGCACUCUAAAGUGGAAAAGAGACAGCUAGUGGUUGCCCAGGAGGGGAGGCGGGGGCAUCCCCGGAAAUAAUCUCUACCCUCAUUCACCGGGAAUUGGCGAGGUAUCCUCUGCGGUGGAGAGGUGUCUUAUAAGUGUUGAACUGUACUGUUUUGCCAUCUGAAAAACAUAUGAGUUACCUCUGAUGUGGUUGGGCUCUCUCCCUUUAUGCCUAUAGAAAUUGGAUAUUGCCAUUUCUCUUUAGUUUGGGAAGGAAUUUCAUAUCCUCCCUUUUCUCUUCAUGAGGAGAUGCAGCCUGAGAGCGAUUGAUUCCAUAUUCCAGGCAGUUCAAAUUCUGAACCAUUAGCUGAGCUUAAUCCCAGACCUGGAAUGGCCAAAUAUCAGGGUGAAGUUCAAAGUUUGAAACUGGAUGAUGAUUCCGUCAUAGAAGGAAAAUGCACAUCAAAACAUUCACCCAGAAAACCAAGAACUAGUAAGGGUGCUUCGGGAACAACUUCAAACAGAACAGGAUGCACCUGCUGCUGUUCGGCAGCAGUACUAUACUGAUAUGUACUGUCCAAUCUGUUUACAUCAAGCCUCCUUCCCUGUGGAAACAAACUGUGGACAUCUCUUUUGCGGUACCUGCAUUAUUGCAUACUGGAGAUACGGAUCAUGGCUUGGGGCAAUCAGUUGUCCAAUCUGUAGACAAACGGUAACUUUAUUGCUACCAGUAUUUGGUGAAAACGACCAGUCUCAGGAUGUUGUACCAUUGUAUCAAGAUAUUAAUGAUUAUAACCGGAGAUUCUCAGGGCAGCCCAGAUCUAUUAUGGAAAGAAUUAUGGAUCUACCCACUUUACUGAGACAUGCAUUCAGGGAAAUGUUUUCAGUCGGGGGCCUUUUCUGGAUGUUCCGUAUCAGGAUAAUACUUUGUUUAAUGGGAGCUUUUUUCUAUCUUAUAUCACCUCUGGAUUUUGUACCUGAAGCCUUGUUUGGAAUUCUAGGCUUUUUAGAUGAUUUCUUUGUCAUCUUUUUGUUGCUUAUCUACAUCUCUAUUAUGUAUCGAGAAGUGAUAACACAGAGACUAAACAGGUGAAAAAAAAAGACUUUACUAAAAUAUGAAUUAAUGUGUGAAAUCAAAAAGGACCAUGGUAGUAUAAAGCAUUUGAAAAUUAUCUUACAAACUUAAAACCACUGUAUAACAAACAUUUGAUUAUCAUUUGGCAAAUACCUAGCAAUAUAUAACUGGAAUUUUUACACAUUGCAGGUUCUAAUAUUAAGGUUACAAUUAUAAUAAUUAUAACUGUAUCUUGAUUGUGUUGUCUAUAAAGUCUCUGAAAAAAUACAUGGAAUUAUAUAAAAAGGGAUGCUUUUAAAUAUCUUUUUCUUUUCCCCAAAAUCACUCAGAUUAAUUGGAUGUAUAGUAAGAUAUUGUUAAAUGUAUACUUUAUCCAAUUUUUCCUUCUCAGUGAGUACCUAUAUGAUAAUAUAUUAUAAUGAGAUGCAUCUAAAUAUUUUUGUUACAAUAAAGUAUUGCACAAUAUUGGGGAAAACUUCUUGUUUCUUAAAAAAAAAAAAGUUAUUGUUUCUUUUAGUACUAGCUAAGUUUUGUGCAUUUGGAGCAAUUCUGCUUUUCCAUUCUGAUAUGUCUUAGCUGUUACCUGAAAGUGAACGAAGAAACUUGACCUUUAUAAUCUGAUUUCACAUUCUGGUUUAUAGAAUACUAGAAGAAUUAACAAAAUGUAAGGCAUUUAUCUCCAGUCAGCACACUUAUGUUCUCAGUUAUGGCAUUUAAACAAGUGUUUGGUCCUUUUAUAGGAACCUGUAUAAGGAAUGUUUUUUUCAGAAACCUGGGUGAUACUGCAAACACGCAGUAGUUUGAUGCAAUCUGAGGAAAGUGGUUCUUCAUAGCUUGAGCAUCAAAGACCUUAGGAGGGUACUAGGAACACUUUAAAUUUGACAAAAUUACUGGUGAGCUAGAGUAACAGAAUGUAUGAAUUUGGUUAUUUUCUCUUGACAGAAAACGUGUAGUACUGUCCCUAGAUGGCAGCAGAUAGCCCAGAUUUAUCAGGUUUUAUGCAGAAAUGAGCAAAAGUCAGAGUUGAUUCAAUAGGAAAGUUAUCUUGGUUUAUUUAAUGGCUACAGCAGUUUUCUGUUUGAGAAGAACCCAAACCACAAGUAUUAUGAAAUCCUAACUCCCUCAGCAGGCGCUGCUCAUUAGCAAAUUGGACAGCAGUGCAUCAACACCCAGGGGCAUUAGCUCUGUCACCUGCAGUCAUGGAUAGUCAUGUCCAUUAAUAUAUUAGUGAGCCUCACUAUGUAUAUAGAUAGGCAGAAAAAGAACAAAUCUGUCACAGUCUCUCAAGUUAAUCAAAUUAGCCAUAAACUAAUAAGAUGCUGAAUAAAAUAUCAAUAACAGUGUUUUCUAAUUUGGGCCUAGGACAAAGCUGUUGCUUAGAGAUAAAUAAUAAUGCUUAAAUAUAGCACAUUAUAAUUAAAGCAACUCUUACAUACUUUUCAUUUUAUCCUUAAGACAGUAUGUGAAUAAGGCAGGGCAUUGUCUUUUCAUAGGUGACAUCCCUGUGUGACAAAUGACAGGGUUUUUUUGUCUGAAGUCAUGCACAGAUAAGUGAUUGAACUGGUAUUAGACUCAGUAGGACUCUUGCAUGGGUUCACAUAAAUGUGAAGGUUAUUACCAAGGGGUGAAGGUGGAGAGAAACUGGGGUCCUUAGAGUUUGUUGGAACACAAUGGAGUAGGAUAGCUUAGGUGCUGCUAAAAGGAAAAUUAUAGAAAGAUGACAUAUCAAGACUUUAUGAAUAAUUCUGUACUUCCAAAUAAAAAGUCUAAUUGGGUGACAUACUUCACACAAAAAAAUUCAGCUGCACUUACCAACUUGAAAAGUAUUAAUGAUAGGAGUUUGUUACACCAGAAUAGAAAUGCAUUUCCUACCAAGUACAAAUUGGGUGUGGGCUAUAUCCCAAUGUCAUUUUUGAAAGGAUUUCAUUUUCUGUGCAUACGUUCUGCUUCAAGUGUCACAUUUCUAGUUAUAAUAAUUUCAUUGUAAUAGUUGGAAUUCCUUAUAAGACUUUCCUGGUGUAUUGUACCAACUUUUCCAACAUACAAAAACACUCUAUGAUCUGAAGUCUUAUUAAAUUGAAAAGGGAACAUGUGGAUAUCUCAGAAUUUUAGACUGCUUAUUAUGUCAUCUGCAUUGAUCUCUAAUAAUAAAUGUAGAUGGUAUCUGAGAAAAUAUUUAAAGCAAGUCGAGUCAAUCAGUGUUUUAAACAUAGUAAUACUUCUGUAAUUCAGAGUGAGAUCAUAUAAGUAAAGCAACAAUUUUGGACUUCUGUAAACAAUAAUAUUGUAACUUUCACAAAAAGAUGGUCCAACCUUAGGAGCAGGUAACUCAGGCAGGUCUAUGGUUAAACAAGAUGGAGGAAACAACUGUUCUCACUGCCCACAAGAACAGUGGUUUCAGCUACCAGUUCGCAGCGCCUGAAAGCAACAGGGGAAGAAAGGACUGUGUUGGUCCCUGUGGCUGCGCAGAUACCUACCUCACAGAGUUGUUACACAGGAUUGACGGCUUGGUUCAAACUUUGUGAUUUAAGAAUUUGUCAAACACUUAUUCUUUUGAAU